AAUUUGGUAGAAAUUACCUCACAUGGACAGAUGAAAUGGACACUGCACUACUCGAGGUCCUUGUUGAGCAUCACAACAAUGGCGAUCAUGCCCAGAAUGGAUGGAAGUCCCAUGUCUACAGUGCUGUUAUAGGUAAUGUGCGUGAGAAGUGCUCUGUGACCAUCACAAAGGAAAACAUCAGUUCAAGGUGCAAAACCUUUGAAAAGCACUACGAGGCCAUUAGCAAGAUGCUAUCUCAAAGUGGAUUUGGGUGGGAUUGGGUCAAUAACAAGCUGUCAAUUGAUAGUGAAAAUGUGUGGCUUAAAUAUGUCGCGGCUAACAAGAAAGUAGGAUUUUACAAGAACAGGGUCAUUAAGAAUUGGGAUGCUAUCACCACCAUAUACUCAAAAGAUCAUGCAAAUGGUGAAGGUGCUGUCACUGGUGCUGAAACUGUUGUAGAACCAACUACGGAACCCAAUGAAGCCUCUCCUGAAGUGCCACAAAAAAAACGAACUGGUGAUGCCAUCCUGUGCCUUCUUGGGGAUAUGAAAGGCUCAUUUCAUGAUGCUUUGAAGUCACUCGAGCCUUUACCUCUGCCCCAAGUUACACCUCCUGCUGAAAUCCUUGCAACACUUGAGAUGAUCCCUGAUCUAGCUCGUGGUGACAUCUUGCGAUCUUAUGGUAAGUUGAUCCUUAGCGAACGCUUGUACCAAGCGCUUCUUGAGCUUCCCAUGAACUUCGGGAAGGAAUGGUUGUUGAUGUUGAAUUAGUAGAAUGGCUCUU